AUGCUCCGCCGACAGGCUCGCGAAAGGCGAGACUACUUACAUCGCCGUGCUCUCCAGCUCCGUGACGCCUCAAUCGCCGAGAAGCGCAGCCUACUCAAGAAAUCGCUCGCGACAGGCAAGCCGCUCUCCACAGACGUCGCCAACGACAAGCAACUCAAGAAAGAUUUCAAAUACGAUGAGUCGCUAGAGGCCGCGCGCGAGACUAUCGACGACGAAUAUGCCGCCCUCUCCGGCAUCGUCGACCCCCGUCCGCUCGUCUCGACGUCCCGCUCCCCCUCCACCCGUCUCUCGGCCUUCUCCAAAGAAAUUCGCCUGCUUCUCCCUACCUCGAUUCGCCUGAACCGCGGUGGCCUCAUCCUACCGAAUCUCAUUCACAGCGCCAAAGCCGCCCAACUCAGCGACAUAAUCCUCCUUCACGAACAUCGUGGCACCCCAACUGCCAUGACCAUUUCUCACCUACCCCAUGGCCCAACCGCUUCUUUCUCGCUCCAUAAUGUCAUGCUCCGGGCGGACAUACCAAACGGUAGCCGCGGCACUGUCUCCGAAUCAUAUCCCCACCUCGUAUUUGAGGGCUUCACCACAAAAUUGGGACUGCGUGUGGUCCAGAUCUUAAAACACCUGUUCCCUCCACGAGAUGGACCCCAUCGCGUUGGGAAUCGAGUUGUGACUUUCAAGAACGUGGAUGACAGUAUCGAGGUGCGACAUCAUGUCUUCGUCCAGACGGGCUACAGAGAUGUUGAAUUGGCCGAAGUUGGGCCUCGGAUGACUAUGCGCUGCUUCGAAAUUAGAGGUGGUACGCUGGAGAAGGAUAGCGGCGGCGAGAAAGAAUGGGCACUUACGCAAUUCACGCGAACUGGCAGGAAGAAGACGUAUUUGUGA